AUGUUGCACCGAUGCGCUGGAUUUUUGGGGUAUGCUCAUAUCCGAUACGGCACCGAUACAGCAUCGAUACGUAUCCAAUACGCCAUGUGGCGUAUCGUAGACUUUUCUAGGAUGUUGACUUUACGAUAUGGCUCUGAUGCUCCAUUGAUACGGUCACGAUACGCUAGCGAUACUAUCCCGAUACGUCAAUAG